ACGGCGAAAUAUAGUUGUGUUUUCAAUUUUAGUUUUCUGUAAUUCAGUACAUCGAAAAAUGUUUCGUUACGAACUUGUUUUUUUAUUUUUAGUGUUUGUUCAAGGAUUUAAACAUGUUUGCAAUCUUGAUGAUGUGGAGAAUUUUUUAUGUCAAGAAGAUAUUGAAAUGUUCGAUUCCUUAAUGACAACAAAUCCAGAAAUAUCUACAAAUCCAUCUACAGCACAAACGACACAGAGCAGCAGUUCGAAGUACUCAACCACGCCUAGAACUUUUAUUAAAAAAAGUAAAACUCGGAGCCGAAAUUACACUAGGUUUUACAAUGAUACAGUGGUUCCUACAGAAGUCGACUGUUUUGGUCUUGGCUGGUUAGCGACGCGCCUACGAUGGUUGUUCAAUUUGAGUCCACAAAGUUCUGAAGAAGUCGAUGUCAAGUUUUAUUUGAGUACCAGGAAACAAACAACUCGUAUGCAAAUGCACAUGGGCGAUCAGUUUGGUUUGGAAUGGACGGAUUAUGAUCCCAAUCGCAUCAAAACUAUUUUAAUUGUGCAUGGAUUUUUGAGCCAUGGUGCGGCGUCCUGGGUUCUUGAAAUGACCCAAGCUUUAUUAGAUUGGGAAGAUGUCAAUGUUUUGGUAGUGGAUUGGAGUGCUGGAGGAAACAGCUGGAAAUAUUGGCGAGCUGUUGCUAACACAAGGAGAGUGGGUGCUGAUGUUACCAGUUUCAUGCGCCAAUUGAUAGCAGCUACCAAUGUAUCGACCAAGAAAUUUCAUUUGAUUGGUCAUAGUUUAGGAGCUCAUAUUUGUUCUUAUAUCGCUUCUCAACUUGGGGGCGUUGCGCGAAUUACAGGCCUAGAUCCUGCUCAACCAUGCUUUCGUACUACGGAUUUAGAUGUGCUCUUAGAUGAGACUGAUGCUGAUUUUGUUGACGUUAUUCACACUAAUGGAAGACUACAAACGAGAAUUGGACUCGGUUUACCAGAACCCUGCGGUCAUGCCGAUUUCUAUCCAAAUGGCGGGAUGAAACAACCAGGAUGUUUUUUUGGUAAAAAAACAUUUCUAUCAAAGAUGCUUCCAAUUUCUAGAGCUAAACUGGAAAGGGCCAUUUGUAGUCACGGUCGUGCAUACAUGUAUUUUACUGAAAGUUUGCAAAGUAAGAAUUGUACGUUCAUCGGACAUAAGUGGAAUAUGACUUAUUAUGGUGCUAAGCAUGUCUUGGAACAACCUUGCACUGAGCAAACAUGUACUGAAAUGGGGAUGAAGGCUGUACUGAAUCCUGCAAGGGGAAACUUCUUCGUAAUUACAUCUGAUCAAGUUCCGUUUUGUGUUCCAAAUCCGCAAACUGCUAAGUUAAAGACUUACCUGUUUAGUGACUGGAGACCAGUAAAAACAAAAAAACAGGAAGAACAAGAAGAAGAGGAAGAAACUGCAGAACAAAAUUUGUUUGAUGCUGCUAAAUGAAAAUAAAUGACAGUAUAGAUUAUUAGGCCCC